GCCGCCGGCGCAGCGCGCGUUUCUCGUACACCGCACUAUCCGCUAACUAUUCGCAAUCGACCGACGUCUUGGUUGUUGGACUUGGGUUAUAAUGACUUGACUUCUGCUAAAUGAACCCGUGUACUAGUAUAAGUUUUUCGCAGUGGCGUAUUUAUUUCUUAAUACACGAGCGCCGAAACGAGGAUUGUUGUACAAUAAGGACUAGAAGCGUCGAGUGAGAGUUUUUUGUGCGUUGUGCUGCAGUGGCGGCAAAAUGGAGAAGCAGUCGAGGUGGUCGGAACAGCGAUCGGAACAGCGCGUGCAGCAGCACUCCGAGCGGCGCGAACAAGUGGUGCAGCAGCAGGAGCGCGUGCAGCGCACCGAACAGCACUACACGCGCCAGAUGCUCACGCAGCAAGUUGAAUCUGCUGGCGACCGCUUGCCUGUCACACUAGGCAGGCCUGGUGACCCUUCUCCUCCAAUCUUUGAGCAAAUCUUCAAAAAUGCAAGAUUCGCGCAAGGAGGAAAUGCAAAAUUCGAGGGAAAACUUAGAGGCAAUCCUACCCCUGUUGUAUCGUGGACAAGAAAGAAAGCACCCCUGGUGGAGUGCAAUAAGUAUAGUAUGAGCUACAACGAACAAACCGGCGAUGUGUCUUUAUUAAUUAAACAGAUAGGCCCGGGUGAUGAAGGCGAAUAUACAUGCACGGCUCGCAACCAAUAUGGCGAAGCUAUCUGUUCUGUGUAUAUUCAGCCUGAAGGCGUCCCGGUGCCUGCGCAUCAGAGCUCGCAGCAACAAAGCUAUAGACACGUCAGUGAGAGCGUGGAACACAAAUCGUAUGGUACACAGGGGUACUCCACAGAACAGUCCAGUAAAACACAGAAAGUCUCUUACACCAACGGCGCAGACUAUUCAUCCACAGAAGAUUUCAAAGUAGACACCUUUGAGUACAGACUUUUGAGGGAAGUAUCAUUCAGAGAAACUAUCACUAAGAGAUAUGUCAAUGAGAGUGAUAUUCAUAUUAGCACGGAGGUUGACAAAACGCUUGGACCAGUAUCUCCACCUAAAAUUGCACAAAAGCCGAGGAAUUCCAAGUUACAAGAAGGUGCAGAUGCACAGUUCCAGGUACAACUUUCGGGCAAUCCGAGGCCGCGAGUGACUUGGUUCAAAAAUGGCCAACGGAUAGUGAACUCCAGCAAACACGAAAUUAUUACAACACAGAAUAAUACAACUCUUAGGGUAAGAAACACACAAAAGUCUGACUCAGGCCAUUACACUUUAUUGGCUGAAAAUCCAAAUGGUUGCAUUGUAACGUCUGCAUACCUCGCCGUUGAAUCUCCACAAGAGACUUAUGUGCAAGAUCAGAGAUCACAAUAUAUCAUGGACACUCAACAAACAGGAGUUGAAGAAAGAGUAGAAAUAAGUGAAAAAGCUCUCGCUCCGCAAUUUGUAAGAGUCUGCCAAGACCGCGAUGUCACAGAGGGAAAAAUGACGCGAUUCGAUUGCCGCGUCACUGGCAGGCCUUACCCAGAAGUCACGUGGUUCAUUAACGAUAGACAAAUACGAGACGAUUAUAAUCAUAAGAUAUUAGUAAACGAGUCAGGUAAUCAUGCACUUAUGAUUACAAACGUCGAACUCAGUGAUAGUGGUGUAGUUACCUGUGUAGCACGCAACAAGAGCGGUGAAACAUAUUUCCAGUGCAGAUUAAAUGUCAUCGAGAAGGAACAAGUAGUUGCACCAAAGUUUGUCGAAAGGUUCAGCACUUUAAGUGUACGUGAAGGAGAACCUGUUAUUUUAAACGCCCGUGCAGUUGGUACACCUACACCACGAAUCACAUGGCAGAAGGACGGCGUUCCGAUAAUACCCAAUCCAGAAUUACGAAUUAAUACCGAUGGUGGGGCCUCGACGCUGGACAUUCCGCGAGCCAAGGCGUCGGAUGCGGCAUGGUAUCAGUGCACAGCCCAGAACGUCGCAGGCUCCACAGCUACUCGGGCCAGGCUCUAUGUCGAAGUACCAAAAGAGCCACCGCCCGAGCUAAAGCGUCUGCACUUGCCCCGGCCAACAAAGAUUAUCGAGCCAGAGCCUGCGCCUGGACCGGAAAUCAUUUACUUGAGGCACGUGGAAAGGGCCAGACCUUACAUUCCUCCAGGUGAGGAAGAUCGAGUUUAUCCUCCGCCGCAGUUUAUUGUGCCACUCAAGAGUAUUUCCCAGAUGGAAGGUGGCAAAAUUCACUUUGAAACGAGGAUAGAACCUGUCGGCGACCCAACGAUGAAAAUCGAAUGGUUGAAAAAUGGACAAAGUAUCGAAGCCAGUUCUAGGUUUACGUCAAUAUUCCGCUUUGGAUAUAUUUCUCUUGAUAUGCUCAGUCUAAAUAUUCAAGAUAGUGGAGAAUAUACCUGCCGAGCUAUUAGUGCUACAGGUGUUGCAGAAACUAAAGCAAUGCUGCAAGUAACUCCACGAGCGACUAUUGAACGAACGAGUCAGCAUCCAGAGAGUUUGCAAUACAUUCAACAGUUGGAAGAUUAUUCAAGGUAUCAACAUCAAGAGUCAAUAGAAGAACAAAUUUCACAGAGGCCUCAAUUUAUUAGGCCAUUGCAAGAACUUGGUGAAUUACAAGAAGGCAAAAAUGCGCAUUUUGAAGCACAACUGACUCCUGUUAGUGAUCCUACAAUGAGAGUAGAGUGGUACAAAGAUGGCAGACCAAUUACAGCUAGCUCGCGAAUCACGUCAAUCUUCAACUUCGGUUACGUCUCCCUUAACAUCAUGCACCUACGGGCUGAAGAUGCAGGUUCGUAUACAGUGAGAGCUGUAAACAAAUUAGGGGAAGCCAUUAGUACUGCUUCUAUCAGGGUAGCUGCUAGGAGUACAGUUACAGCAGAUCUUGGUAUACCAGAACAGCGACGAUACAUUGAAAAGACUGAACAAUUAGAAGCAUAUCAGCAACAGCAACAUCAAAAGUAUUAUCAGGAAGCUCCUGAAAGUACGCAACGACCUGAGUUCAAAACACCAAUCAAAGAUCAAAUUAACAUUAAAGAAGGUGGGUUUGCUCAUUUCGAAGCUCGCCUUGAACCAGUAGGCGAUUCAACUUUAAGAGUAGAAUGGUUAAAAGACGGACGUCCAGUUGAAGCCAGUUCAAGAAUUACUACAUUCUUCAACUUUGGAUACGUCGCAUUGACUAUAAAAUCCGUAACUAUACAUGAUGCUGGUCACUACACUUGCAGAGCCUACAAUGCUUUAGGACAGGCAACCACUAAUGCCAAUCUUACUAUUGUGACCCGAAAAGAUAUAAUUGCGGAAUCGCAACAUCCAGGAGGAUAUGAAAAAAUCCAACAUCUUGAAGAUUCCAGUAGAUAUUCAAGACGCGCAGAAGAGGAGGUGAAGGUUACACAAAAGCCUCGAUUUUUGGGACCACUUAAAGGCACUAAUAAAAUAGUGGAAGGACAAAGUGCUCACUUUGAAGCAAGAGUUGAACCACAGAGUGAUUUGACUAUGACAGUAGAGUGGUAUUUCAAUGGAAAACAAAUCAAGAGUGCCAAUCGUAUUCAGACAUACCAUGAUUUUGGAUAUGUAGCGUUGGAUAUUGCUAGUGUACGCGCCGAUGAUACCGGUGUUUACACAGUUGUAGCUCGCAAUGCAGCUGGAGAAGCUCAAUUAAGUGCUUCUAUGACUGUCGAAACACGUUCAAGUAUUGAUACGUCAAGUAUUCACCGUGGCUUGUAUGAAAAAACUCGGCAUAUUGAAGAAUCUAAGUUUGUCGAACCCAUGUACGAAAUUGAAGAAAUUUCUAAGUCGAAACCAGUAUUCGUGCAGCCUUUGUCCGAUCCAGCACCUAUAUCUGAAGGAAAGAACAUUCACUUAGAGUGUAGGUUGGAACCAAUGGGCGAUCCGACCAUGCGUGUGGAAUGGUUCCACAAUGGCAGAGCUGUGACAGUUGGCUCCAGGUUUAGGACUUAUUAUGACUUCGGAUUUGUUGCACUGGACAUUAUCCAUGCAACAUCCACAGAUUCUGGAGAAUACACAGUUAGAGCUGUUAACCACUUGGGUUCUGCUCACACUUCUGCCAUGGUCCGCGUCAUUGAGCGAUCGGAUAUUGUCACGGACACUCAAAAUGAACAAGCUGUCGAGCAGAUACAAAUGUUGGAAGACGCUGCGCGUAGAUCGCGUCAAGUUCAUGAAGAUAUAACAGUAAGGCAGGCACCUCAAUUUUCAAGAGCCCUACAUAAUAUUGAAACUGUGGAAGGAACUAAUGUGCAUUUGGAAUGUAGACUACAGCCUGUUGGUGAUCCAGCCAUGAGAGUAGAAUGGUUCUGUAAUGGAAAGCCAAUAAAAACAGGCCACAGGUUUAGGCCAGCCUAUGAGUUUGAUUACGUGGCUCUUGAUUUAUUAAGUGUUUAUCCAGAAGAUUCUGGUGUGUAUACAUGCCAAGCUACGAAUCAACUCGGAGAGGCAGUAACUUCAUGUGCUUUACGUGUUAUUGCUAAAAAAGACCUAAUAUUUGAAUCUCAGCACCCCUCAGGCCUCGAGAAAAUUCAAUAUUUAGAAGAUUCUUCACGUUACAAGAAGAGCGAUGUGGUUGAUGAAUCUAUAAACAUUAAACCACGCUUUAUUACGAAGCCAAAAUCUAUUGAUAAUGUUGUUGAAGGUCACCAUGUACAUUUUGAGUGCAAACUGGAACCAGUAACCGAUUCGAACCUGAAAGUAGAAUGGUUUAAAAAUGGACAACCAGUAACUAUUGGUCAUAGAUUUAGACCUAUUCAUGAUUUUGGUUACGUCGCACUCGACAUUAUUGAUUUAAUUGCUGAAGACUCUGGUAUUUAUACAUGCAGAGCUGUUAAUCUACUUGGCACAGAUGAGGUUAGCUGCAGAUUAACUUGCCGUAGCACUGCUGACAUUAUAAGAGCAACACAAAAUGAGGCUGGCCUCAACCAAAUUCAGGUAUUGGAAGACAGAUCGAAAUACCAUAGGACGGAUUAUGUUGACGAAGUUACAACACAGGCUCCAAUAUUUACAACUUCAUUGAAAAAUAUUGAAAUCAGAGAGGGUCAAAGAGCACACUUCGAAUGCAGACUUAUACCUGUUUCUGAUCCCACUAUGAAAGUAGAAUGGUACCAUAACAACAAACCUCUAAAGAGUGGAUCAAGAUUUACAGAAACGAACAACUUUGGUUUCGUUGCCCUAGAUAUUAUGUCUUGUUUGCCCGAAGAUUCUGGAACUUAUACUUGCCGAGCGAUUAAUGCUCUUGGUGAGGCGGUUACAUCCGGAAUUGCUAUUGUACAUUCUAGGAAGUCUAUCUACUUAGAAUCACAGCACGAAGGUGCACUUCCAAGAUUAAACCAAUUGGAAGAUUCUUCGAGAUAUCAAAGACACAGUGCUCAAGAAGAAACUAUCACACAAGCACCUGUGUUUACUAUGCCUAUGAAGGAUAUACGUGUCGCUGAGAACCAAGCAGCGCACUUUGAAGCCAGACUUAUACCUGUCGGAGAUCCAAAACUCCGUGUUGAGUGGUUGCGUAAUGGAGUUCCCAUUGAAGCUUCAAAUCGUUUGACGACUAUGCAUGAUUUCGGCUACGUAGCCUUGAACAUGAAAUACGUUAAUCCUGAGGAUUCUGGUACAUACACAUGCCGAGCUAUCAACGAAUUAGGAGAAGCUGUUACUUCAUCUACCCUGUUUGUACAAUCUAAAGCGUCACUUCAGCUUGAAUCACAGCACGAAAGUGCUUUAGAGAAAAUUCAGCAGUUGGAAGAUUCUUCUCGCUACCAACGCAGAGAAGACGUUGAAGUAGCAGUUAACCAAGCUCCACGGUUCAUAACACAGUUGAAUGGACCUUCCAAGCUUGUAGAAGGCCAAAGUGCUCAUUACGAAUGCCGUAUUGAGCCUUAUCCCGAUCCAAACAUGCGUGUUGAAUGGUACUUCAAUGGAAAAGUCUUACAAAGUGGGCACCGCUAUCGUACAGCAUACGAUUUCGGUUUCGCUGCACUAGAUAUAUUGUCAGUGUACGGAGAAGACUCUGGUGAAUAUACUUGCAAGGUUAUAAACAACUUAGGACAAGCAACAUCCUCUAUUAAACUUAAUGUACAGUCUAAGGAAUCUAUUAUAAGAGACACACAACACGAGAGUGCACUUGAAAAGAUUCAGUACCUAGAAGACGACAGCAGAUACAAGCGUGUAGUCCGUGAUGAGAGUUUUGUGGCAGAAAAACCACAAUUUGGCAAACCUUUGAAAAAUGCUGAAGUAUCUGAAGGUAAACCUGUCCACCUGGAAGCUACUCUCACGCCAGUGAACGAUCCUACUAUGCGCGUAGAAUGGUACUGCAAUGGCAGACCUAUUCAACAAGGCCAUCGGUUUAAGACUACAUACGAUUUCGGUUAUGUAGCCUUAGAUAUUUUGUAUGCAUACUCAGAAGAUAGCGGCACAUAUAUGUGCAAAGCUACUAACGCUGUUGGUGAAGCCGUGACCACAAGCUCUGUGAAAGUAGAUGCUAAAGCAGGUCUUUACCUAGACACAUUAGACGAACAACGCCUCAGAAAGAUACAAGAAUUAGAGAAUUAUGAGAGACCUAAGCCAGUUCAAGAAGAACAACCAGGCCAGAGGCCAGUUUUCCUGACUGCUCUUACAAGUUUGGAAAAUCUGAAAGAAGGAGACCGAGCUCAUUUCGAGUGCAGAGUAGAGCCAAUUAAUGAUCCCGAUCUAAAGAUUGAAUGGUUCCUCAAUGGUCAAAAGAUAAGAGCUGGUCACAGAUACAGAACAACUCACGAUUUCGGUUAUGUAGCAUUAGAUAUUCUGUACUCUUACUCUGAAGACUCGGGCACAUACAUGUGUAAGGCCACUAAUAAACUUGGCGAAGCAGUUAACACAUGCACGUUGAAGGUUGCAGGGCACCGAAGCAUAAUUUUGGACACUCAGCAUCCAAAUGGUUUGGAAAAAAUAAGACAACUCGAAGCACAAGGUCACCACACUAGGAUGGAAGUUGAAGAACCUAAGAUUAGUCCACCUAGAUUUGUUACCGAGUUACGGGGCACUACCCAUGUCUUUGAAGGCCAAACAGCUCAUUUUGAAUGCCAGGUAGAGCCCGUCCAUGAUCCUAACCUAAGGAUCGAAUUUUAUCAUAACGGCAAAGCUCUGCAAUCUGCUGCACGGUUCCAUAUCACUUUUGAUUUUGGUUACGUGUCAUUAGAUAUUCAGCAUUGUGUUCCUGAAGAUGCUGGUGAAUACUCAGUAAAGGCCAUUAAUGCUCUAGGACAAUGUACCUCUUCAAUAUCAAUGACAGUAACCGCAAAAGGAAGCAUUAUAUCGGAAUCUCAACGUCCAGAAGGCUUGGAAAAAAUCCGUGAAUUAGAAUCUGCAGAACCGUUCAAACGACCUGAGAUCCCAGAACCAGUUACACGCCAAAGACCUGUAUUUACUCAACCUCUCCAAAACAUUGAUAACAUUCAAGAGGGUCAAACAGCACACUUUGACUGUCGACUUAUCCCAGUCGGAGACCCAACACUGAAGGUUGAAUGGUUUAGAAACGAAAAACUUAUUGAAGAUAGUUCAAGAAUUACUAAAACUCACGACUUCGGAUACGUCUCAAUGACUAUCACGCAUGUUCGUGAUGAAGAUGAAGGAGUUUAUAUGUGCCGAGCUUCGAAUCUUUUGGGAGAAGCUGUAACAACCGCUGCUAUGAGAAUAAAAACUAAAGCAGCCAUCCAGAUGGACACACAACAUCCAGAAGGUAUGAAGAAAAUACAGCAACUUGAACAACCACAGCAAAGAAGACCAGACGAACCAGAGCGGGAAUUCGAGAAACCCAUUUUUACCCAGGUUCUUACAGGACCUUCUGAAUUAUGGGAAGGCCAACAUGCUCAUUACGAAGCACGUGUAGUUCCAGUUGGAGACCCAAGCUUAAGAUUUGAAUGGUACAUUAAUGGAGUAGAACUUAAAAUGGGUUCAAGAUUCCGCACAACCCAUGAUUUCGGAUUUGUAACACUAGACAUCAAUUCAGUUGUAGCCGAAGAUGCUGGUCUUUACAUGUGUAAGGCCAUAAACAAGGCCGGAAGUACAGUAUCAUCUGCAGCAUUAAAGGUUAAGACUAAGUCUACCAUAGUCGACCAGGCCAUGAGACCUGAGGCGUGGGAGCAAAUACAGUUGAAGGAAGCUGCUAUGAACAAAGUGCCGGAAAUGUUUGUUGACUCCGGAGUACAACAAGCGCCUAUUUUCACAACGCAUCUUAAGAGCUAUGACAAACUUGUUGAAGGCCAACAUGUGUAUUUGGAGGCUCAAGUAGAACCUAGAACUGACCCUAAUCUGAGAAUUGAAUGGUUCAAGAAUGGCAUGUCUUUAACUACCGGGUCAAGAUUGAAGAGUACGUUCGAUUUUGGCUUAGUCACUCUUUCUAUUAACAGCGUAAGAAUUGAUGAUUCGGGAAUUUAUACUUGCAAAGCUACCAAUCUUAUGGGAGAAGCUGUUUCAACUGCUUCCAUAAAGGUUGAAGAUCGGCACUGGUUACUUGGUGAAACACUUCAUCCUGAAUCGUUAGAUAGAAUUGGUGCGUUAGAGCAGCCUAAAUCAGGUAAACCUGAAGCACCCGAACCAGUUUACGAAAUUCCUGUAUUUAUUUCACAUCUGAACAAUAUUCUGUGCAAAGAGGGUGACAAUAUACACUUUGAAUGUAACGUCGAACCAUCGAGAGAUCCUACACUUAAAAUUGAAUGGUUCUUUAACAAUAAACCGUUGCCAUCCGGUACAAGAUACAAGAGCACACAUGAUUUCAGCUAUGUGUCCCUGGAUAUUACUCACACUUAUGAAGAAGAUUCUGGUAUCUACACAUGUAAAGCUACGAACAGCAAAGGUUCAGCUACAACAUCUGGUUCACUAAGAUGCACCGGGGACAAAAACAUAUAUUUCGAUACACAGCACCCACAAGGAAAAGCUGGGUUGGAAGCUGUGGAGCAGGCUGAAGAAGCAAGAUUGUCGAAAUCAAGAAGAACUUCAGUACCCGAUGUUGAAUAUCCUAAACCUGAGUGGGUGGUACCAGUAGCACCCGAACAUCAGUUGGUUGAAGGGCAAGCGUUACACCUUGAAGGACAGGUUGAACCUAAAAAUGAUCCAAAUCUUAAGAUUGAGUGGUACUUCAACGGAAAGGUGUUGGAGCAAGGUUCUAGAUUCAAGCUUACUAGUGACUUUGGUUUUGUAACAUUAGAUGUGACAGAUGUUUAUGAAAGAGAUAGUGGAAUAUACACAUGUAAGGCUUACAAUAAGAAGGGUGAAGCGUUUACAUCUUCAACCAUCUUCUGUACUACUAAAGAAAACCUUAUUGAAAGGACACAACAUCCUAAAGGUACCGAGGGAUUGGAAAAGAUUCAAAACCUUGAAGAAUCUCUCCGUAGAGAACCAGGUCAGGCUCCUGAUGAUGACACCGGUAGGCCUCCUGAAUUCGUUACUGUUUUCCAGGAUAUCGUUGACAUUAGUGAGGGACAAAUAGCUCACUAUGAAGCAUCUCUGAUACCUACUGGUGAUCAAAGUAUGGUUAUCGAGUGGUUCUAUAACGGCAAAACCAUCGAAGCUAGUCACCGAAUCCGUACUGUUUACGCUUUUGGUAUGGUAGUACUCGAAAUACUUGGAACUAAAACCACCGAUUCCGGUGUGUACUCUUGCAGAGCUACUAACAGAUGGGGACAGGCUGAAAUAAGUGUCAAACUAGAAUGUGUUGAUAAGAGCAAAGGACAGAAACCAAGAUUUACUACACAUAUUCAAAAUGUUGAAGGUUUGAAAGACGGUCAAUCAGCUCACUUUGAAUGUACUGUCGUACCUGUUGAUGACCCUGACUUGAAGAUUGAGUGGUAUCAUAAUGGUCAACCAUUACGUCAUUCUAAUAGAAUCAAAAUGGUUUCUGACUUUGGAUUUGUUGUGAUGGAUAUAGCUUACACCCAAAAUCAUGACACAGGAGAAUAUGUGUGCCGAGCUUAUAAUAAAUACGGCGAAGACUUCACUAAAGCUACAAUAACAUGCUUUGGAAGAGGUGGAGUUUAUCUUGACAGUCUGCAACCCGAUUCUCUGGCUAAGAUCAGAGAAUUAGAAAGCUUACAAGGUAUUCAACAGCAAGCGCCUGCACCUGCUUCUGCUGUGCCACCAAAGUUCAUUACUCAAAUUCAAGAUGUCACUAAAUUAGUAGAAGGACAAAGUGCACAUUUCGAAGCCAGGUUAGUACCUGUUGACGACCCGGAUCUUAAGGUUGAAUGGUUCUACAAUGGCAAAAAGUUGCCGCAUGGCCACAGGUACAGAACAUUCCACGAUUUUGGUAUUGUUAUACUGGAUAUUUUGUACUGCUAUGAAGAAAAUUCGGGUGUAUACGAAUGUGUGGCCACUAACAAAUUAGGCCGAGACUCUACCAAGGCUACAUUGAAAUGCACGUCAAAGGAGAACUUAAUCUUGGACUCGCAACUACCGCGGGGCAUGGAAGGUGGAUUGGAGAAACUACAAAAUCUUGAGGACUCAAUGGUACGCAGAAAGGAUGUCCAAGAGGAAGAAGAACGAGGCAAGGCUCCAGUAUUUACAGUUCCACUAUCAAACAUCGAUAAUUUGCGCGAAGGAGAGAAUUCGCACUUUGAAGCGAGGUUGACACCCACAGACGAUCCUAACUUGAAGGUGGAGUGGUACUGGAACGGUAAAUCUCUUAAAGCAGGCUCCAGAUUCAGGACAUUCUGUGACUUUGGUUUUGUAAUUCUUGAAAUAUCUCCGACAUACCCUGAAGAUUCAGGUGAAUAUCUAUGCAGGGCAUAUAACAACUAUGGAGAGGCUGUAACAACAGCUACUAUGAAGGUACAAGGAAAACGUAAUAUUAUUUUGGAAUCACAGCUGCCUAAAGGUAUGGAGGGCACUAUUGACAAAAUUGCUGCUCUGGAGGGAUAUACGGGGUCAGUCGAUUCCAUGAUUCCGGAAGCCGAGACUGGCAAUCCACCAGAAUUCACUACAACUCCUUCUGAUUUGAUUCUCUCAGAAAACUCAUCGGCUCACUUCGAGUGUCGUCUCAUUCCCGUUAAUGAUUCCAGCAUGAGAGUUGAAUGGUUCCACAACGGUAAGCCUCUUUUGACGGGAUCCAGAGUCAAGACCAUCAAUGACUUCGGGUUUGUUAUAUUAGAAAUUGCCGGUGUAUACCAACGGGAUGCAGGUCUUUACACUUGCAAGGCUACUAAUCGACAUGGAGAAGCAACAGUUUCGUGCAAACUGCAAGUUAAAGGAAGACAAGGUAUUAUUCUAGAACCACAGUUGCCAUCUCAUUUCAAAUCUGGUACUGAAAGCAUCCAGAAAUUAGAAGAAACCUUACACAAGCGUGAAGAAAUCACAAUUGAAGAUGAGAAACCUAACCCACCUAAAUUCACGGUAGAAAUUAAGGACAACCUUGAUGUCGCUGAAGGUGGUCCUAUUCACUUUGACUGCCGCGUCGAACCAGUUGGCGAUCCAACUAUGAGAAUUGACUGGUUCCACAAUGGCAGACCUUUCGCUACCGGGUCUCGAGUGCACAUGCUUAAUGACUUUGGUUUUAUUGCCUUGGACAUCGAUUACAUAUAUGCCCGAGAUGCUGGAGAGUACACGUGCCGCGCUACUAACAAGUGGGGUUCUGCAACAACUACCGCAAAGAUUACAUGCAGUGCUAAGCGCGAUAUUGUAUUGGAAUCUCAGCUACCACAGGGUAUGAGUGGAGAAAAGAUCAAGGAACUUGAGAGAGGACGUAUUAGUGAUGCGCCGAAGGAAGAACCUGUUAUAAGCAGUCCACCUAAGUUUAUUACUCAGAUUCAAUCACACACGGUUGAGGAAUCGGAGAGCGUGCGCUUUGAAUGCCGUGUGGAACCGAAAGAAGAUCCAAAACUACGUAUUGAAUGGUACCGCAAUGGAAAACUUCUACCAUCUGGUCAUAGGUACCGAACCGUUUACGAUAUGGGAUUCGUUUCUCUGGAUAUUUUGUACGUUUACGCUGAAGAUUCUGGCGAAUAUGUAUGCCGCGCAGUUAACGAUAUUGGCGAAGAUUUUACCAAGGCAACAGUAUCUUGUAAACAGCUGCCAGACAUUAUUCUGCAAAACCAAGUUCCUCGGGGUAUGAAGAAAUCUGAAGCUUUGACUCAAAUGGAGGCUACUAUCAAGAAAUACACUUCAGAAAUCUUCCUAACUGAAGAUGACUUGUAUGAUGCUGAUAAGAAGCAACCACCACGUUUUGUUACACAAAUUGAAAGUCAAACCACCUUAGUAGAAAUGGAGUCUACAAAGUUCGAAUGCCAAUUGGCACCGGUUGGUGACCCUAACAUGAAGGUGGAAUGGUUCUUCAAUGGCAAACCGUUGCUACACAAGAACCGCUUUACGCCGAUUUAUGACUUCGGAUAUGUGGCGAUGAACUUUGGUUGGGUUUACCCCGAGGAUAGCGGUGAAUACCUUUGCCGAGCUACGAACUUGUACGGUAUGGAUGAAACUCGAGCCAUCAUAAAAACAGCCGGCAAACCUGGUAUUGUCUAUGACUCUCAACUGCCUAAACAUAUGAAGAGUAUCGAAAAGAUUAGAGAAAUGGAAGCUGCAUGGCAAACGGUUCCCGAACAAGCAGCUGAAGAAUCUAAAGCUAGAUCACCACCUGUUUUCGUAAGCCGUCCAGAACCUGUGACCGUUGAAGAAGGCGAGUGGGCUCGCUUCUGCUGCCGUGUCACUGGACAUCCAAAGCCUCGUGUGAUGUGGCUAAUCAACGGCAACACCAUUGUUAACGGUUCAAGAUACAAAUUGACAUACGACGGAAUGUAUCAUUUUGACAUACCCAAAACCAGACAAUACGAUACUGGUAAAAUUGAAGUUAUCGCUAGAAGUUCAGCUGGCGAAGCGUUAGCUACGACAGAACUCAAAGUAAUACCAAGACAUGACGACUACAGAGGAGUUUUGAAGAAUGCUCCACGACCAUGGUAUGAUGAAACAACGCAAUAUCAGCGCUCAGAAACCGACCUGGAAAAAACAUUUGAACAAAGACAAGUAUUGCAAAGACAAGGUGUUAUUGACCACAGGCCUGAGUUGAAACCGAAAGUAAUAAAAGAGCCUGAAACUGAAUGGCAACAAACUGUUAAGAAGAAGAAGAGCGAAGAGUACUACAACAAACUGCAGGAAUUAGAAAACGAACAAGUUAUUAAAGAAAGUCGUUUCAGGGAGUCAACACACCAAUAUGCAAUCCCCGGAGAAAAAAUUACUAGCAGCUCUCUUGCCAAAGGCAUGGCCCAAAGAUAUGAGGACACUCUAGAACAAACUGAAGUUUCUACGGAACAAGUACAGAGGAAGGUUGUGCCAAAACCCAAGAUUCCUCCAGGGCCCUCUGAAUCUACCGUUCACGGCAAAGAAGUACAUGUCGCGAAACAGAAACAAAUUCAGAAGGAAGUGGUAGGAGAUACUGAAAUUACUCGUAAAAUAACUUCUACCGAGACUACUGAAAUGGAACAUAAGGCGCAAACUCAAGAAAGAGUCGUGGAAGGACCCGUAAAACCCAGUCAACCUCCAGUGUUCACUAAGAAAAUGCAACCUUGCCGCGUGUUUGAACACGAACAAGCCAGAUUCGAGGUUGAGUUUGAUGGUGAUCCGUUACCAACUAUUAAAUGGUACAGAGAGAAUUUCCCAAUUAAAAAUUCUGCAGAUUUCCAGAUCCACACCUUUAGCACUAAAUCUAUUCUGAUUAUCAGGCAAGUCUUCAUUGAAGACUCUGCCGUUUUCGCUGCAGUAGCUGAAAACCGAGGCGGAACUGCAAAAUGCAGCGCUAAUUUAGUGGUAGAGGAGCGCAGACGACAGGGAAGAGGAGGUGUCGCUCCGCCUAGUUUUACAUUAACUGCCCAAAAUGUUAAUGUGACAGCCGGUCAACUAGUGAGGUUUGAUACAAAAGUAACCGGGACAAAGCCAAUUGAUGUUUACUGGCUUAAGAAUGGUAAAAAAGUUCAACCAGACAUAAGAAAUAAGAUUCUAGAAGAAGAUGGCACGUACACUCUUCUAAUUCUCGAAGCGUAUCCUCAAGAUUCGGGUAAAUAUGAAUGUGUUGCAAUAAACAGCGCUGGUGAAGCACGAUGCGACGCUGAGUGUUCUGUUAAUGCUCCUGCUACCAAAGAAAAACCAAAACCUCAAACUAAAGCCGCUAAUGCGCCUCCUGAGAUUAUUGAACCUUUGAAAGAUAAGGUUGUUACAGAGGGUCAAGCGAUUGAAUUCAGUUGUAAGAUUGUUGGAAAGCCAGCCCCAACUGUUCAAUGGUACAAAGGAGAGAAACUGAUCAAACCUUCCAAGUACUUCCAAAUGUCUCGAACAGCUGAUGAGUACACGCUUCGUAUAUCAGAAGCUUUCCCCGAAGAUGAGGGUGAUUAUAAGUGCGUUGCUUAUAAUUCAGCUGGCCGUGUAACUGUAGCCGCAAAACUAAAAGUAACUCAACCGGAUCAGGCUGAGAAUUUACCUACUUUAACACCUCUCCGAGAUCUAGUUGUCUAUGAAGGGCAGCCAGCGCAAUUCAAAACCCACAUAACCAGCAAAGUCAAGCCAACUAUUCAAUGGCUUCGAGAAGGUGCUCUUAUACCUGAAACGCCAGAUUUCCAGAUGAUCCACGAAGGAAACAAUGCAGUGUUGCUGAUCGGAAACACGUACGAGGAAGACACUGGCACCUUCACCUGUCGGGCCACGACUGCCGCCGGCCAAGUCGAGACUUCGGCAAAACUAGUCGUCAAAAAGUCGCGACAAGCAGUACGCAAAACGUUUCAUGACAAGACCGACGUAAAAAUCUCGAAAACUGAUGAAACUGACUCUACACAAGUCAGUAGAUCAUUAUAUCAAUCUACGGAAGAAAGUAACUUAUUGAAAAUUCAAAGUACGCAAGACGUAAAUACACAAAAAGUUGUUUCAAAUAUCCCGUGGCGUAAACAAAGUCAGAUUACACAAGAAACCACAGAAGAAGUUCUUGAAAUAAAGCAUUGGAGAAAGCCAAAACAGGAGACUAAACUGUCUUCUACGGAGGAAAAAUCCAUAACAGAAGACUCUUCUAUUCUAAAGAUACAGGAUGAUGUUGAAAUCGACAAAACUAAGCAAGAGAUUCUGCAAGUUAAAAAUUGGAGAAAACCUCGCGCUAAAGACGACCAAACAGGGAAAGAUAAGAUAGUCACUACAGAAGAUACUAGUAUACUCAAAAUUCAGUCAGAAACAAAUGAAGAAAAAACACAAAACUUGGAAACCAAAUCUUGGAGAAAGCCGCGACGCGAGGAGAAACCUACCGAAACCACAUCAAUUGAGGAAGAUUUAUCAAUUAUGCAAAUUGAUAAAGAUGAGGAUACUGAGCAAAAGAAAGUACCUCAGUGGAGAAAACCACGGGAUGAAAAGAAACCUAUUAUAAGAGAAGAAAGAAAAAAUUCCAUACCUUGGACUGAAGAAAGCAUUAAACUCCGGCCAACUAAAGUAGAAAAAUCUGUGAUCGUCAAAGAAAAAAUAGAAGAUGUUACUUUAAAACAAGUAAGGAAGGGAUCAAUAAAACAAGUUGAUACUGAAGAAACUGAAGAACUCUUGAAAUAUGAAGAAGAUACAGCGAUACUUAAAAUUGAAGAAACACAAGACAAUGAUGUACCGGUUUGGAGACGUAAGUCCAAGAAAUUGAAAGAUGAAACAGAUACAGCGCUAGACAAAAAAGCACCCGAUGAAGAAAAAACAGAAGAAGUUACACCAAAACAGAAGAAAACGAAACCAGUUGAUGAAGCUACACCUGAAGAACCUAGGUGGUUAACAGGCAAAAGGCGACCAAAAGAAGAAGAAACAAAGGAAGAGGUGGUCCUUAAGCCAGUUCCAAGGCAAAAAGCACCCGAAGAAGAAAAAUCAGAAGAAGUAACAUUAAAGCCUGUUAAAAAAGAGAAGGUAGUGGAAGAGGCUAAGCCCGAGGAACCUAAGUGGCCGACAGGCAGAAGGCGACCGAAGGAAGAGGAACCGAAGGAAGAGGUGGUUCUCAAACCAGUUCCAAAGCAGAAAGCACCCGAAGAAGAAAAGCCAGAAGAAUUACAACUGAAGCCGGUCAAAAAAGAGAAAGUUGUUGAAGAGGCUAAGCCCGAGGAACCUAAGUGGCCGACAGGCAGAAGGCGACCGAAAGACGAGGAACCGAAGGAAGAGGUGAUUCUCAAACCAGUACCAAAACAGAAAGCACCCGAAGAAGAAAAACAAGAAGAAAUAACAUUAAAGCCUGUUAAAAAGGAGAAAGUAGUUGAAGAAGCUAAACCUGAGGAACCUAAGUGGCCGACAGGCAGAAGGCGACCGAAAGAAGAAGAACCGAAAGAAGAGGUGGUUCUUAAACCAGUCCCGAAACAAAAAGUACCUGAAGAAGAAAAACCAGAAGAAUUACAACUGAAGCCUAUCAAAAAAGAAAAAGUUUUUGAAGAGACUAAGCCCGAGGAACCUAAGUGGCCGACAGGCAGAAGGCGCCCGAAAGACGAGGAACCUAAAGAAGAGGUGAAUCUCAAACCAGUACCAAAACAGAAAAUACCCGAAGAAGAAAAACCAGAAGAAGUAACAUUAAAGCCUGUUAAAAGAGAGAAGGUAGUUGAAGAAGCUAAGCCUGAAGAACCUAAGUGGCCGACAGGUAGAAGGCGACCGAAGGAAGAGGAACCGAAGGAAGAGGUGGUUCUCAAACCAGUUCCAAAGCAGAAAGCACCUGAAGAAGAAAAACCAGAAGAGGUAGCAUUAAAGCCUGUCAAAAAAGAGAAGGUAGUUGAAGAGGCUAAGCCCGAGGAACCUAAGUGGCCGACAGGCAGAAGGCGCCCGAAAGAAGAGGAACCAAAAGAAGAGGUGGUUCUCAAACCAGUACCAAAACAAAAAGCACCCGAAGAAGAAAAACCAGAAGAGGUAGCAUUAAAGCCUGUCAAAAAAGAGAAGGUAGUUGAAGAGGCUAAGCCCGAGGAACCUAAGUGGCCGACAGGCAGAAGGCGACCGAAGGAAGAGGAACCGAAGGAAGAGGUGGUUCUCAAACCAGUACCAAAACAAAAAGCACCCGAAGAAGAAAAACCAGAAGAGGUAGCAUUAAAGCCAGUUAAAAAGGAGAAGGUAGUUGAAGAGGCUAAGCCCGAGGAACCUAAGUGGCCGACAGGCAGAAGGCGACCGAAAGACGAGGAACCGAAGGAAGAGGUGGUUCUCAAACCAGUACCAAAACAGAAAGCACCCGAAGAAGAAAAACCAGAAGAAGUAACAUUAAAGCCUGUUAAAAAAGAGAAGGUAGUUGAAGAGUCUAAGCCCGAGGAACCAAAGUGGCCGACAGGCAAAAGGCGACCGAAGGAAGAGGAACCGAAAGAAGAGGUGGUCCUCAAACCAGUUCCAAAACAGAAAGCACCUGAAGAGGAAAAACCAGAAGAAUUACAACUGAAGCCUGUUAAAAAAGAGAAGGUUGUUGAAGAGGCUAAGCCCGAGGAACCUAAGUGGCCGACAGGCAGAAGGCGACCGAAAGAAGAAGAGCCAAAGGAAGAAGUGGUUCUCAAACCAGUACCAAAACAAAAAGCACCCGAAGAAGAAAAACCAGAAGAGGUAGCAUUAAAGCCAGUUAAAAAGGAGAAGGUGGUUGAAGAGGCUAAGCCCGAGGAACCAAAGUGGCCGACAGGCAGAAGGCGACCGAAGGAAGAGGAACCGAAGGAAGAGGUGGUUCUCAAACCAGUUCCAAAACAGAAAGCACCCGAAGAAGAAAAACCAGAAGAAGUAACAUUAAAGCCUGUUAAAAAAGAGAAGGUAGUUGAAGAGUCUAAGCCCGAGGAACCUAAGUGGCCGACAGGCAGAAGGCGGCCGAAGGAAGAGGAACCGAAGGAAGAGGUGGUUCUCAAACCAGUUCCAAAGCAGAAAGCACCCAAAGAAGAAAAACCAGAAGAAGUAACAUUAAAGCCUGUUAAAAAAGAGAAGGUAGUUGAAGAGUCUAAGCCCGAGGAACCUAAGUGGCCGACAGGCAAAAGGCGACCGAAGGAGGAGGAACCGAAGGAAGAAGUGGUUCUUAAGCCAGUUCCAAAACAGAAAGCACCCGAAGAAGAAGAACCAGAAGAAGUAACAUUGAAGCCUGUUAAAAAGGAGAAGGUGGUUGAAGAAGCUAAGCCCGACGAACCAAAGUGGCCGACAGGCAGAAGGCGACCGAAGGAAGAGGAACCGAAGGAAGAGGUGGUUCUCAAACCAGUUCCAAAUCAGAAAGCACCUGAAGAAGAAAAACCAGAAGAAGUAGCAUUAAAGCCUGUUAAAAAAGAGAAGGUAGUUGAAGAGUCUAAGCCUGAGGAACCUAAGUGGCCGACAGGCAAAAGGCGACCGAAGGAAGAGGAACCGAAAGAAGAGGUGGUCCUCAAACCAGUUCCAAAACAGAAAGCACCUGAAGAGGAAAAGCCCGACAAAGUAACAUUGAAACCUGUCGUAAAGGAGGAGGUGAUUGAAGAAGUCAUUGUUCAAGAAAGUGCCGUACGUAAAGAUGAGCCAUCAGAAGAGAUCCAGGAAGAAACCACGACUAUAGUUAAAACAAAGAAAGUUAAGAAACAAAUCAAAAAGGAGAAAAAGAAAGAGGUCGGACCAUUCAUAAUAGAGCCAAUCAAGGCUUUAAAUGUAUUGGAAAAUAGUACAUUACAAUUGAAAGUUGUAUAUGAGCCUGCUGAUAGCAACGUUAAAUGGUAUCGCAACAAUCAACCACUACAACAGAGUGAUGACUGUGUAAUUCAUACUGAAAAUGGAAUUUCCACAAUAAGAGUACCAGAUAUUGACAAAAAAAGAGUAGGAAAAUAUGAAGUUAUCGUAGAAAAAAAUAAUGUGAUUGUAAAAUCAGCAAGUUCAAUUAAACUGCUAAAAUCUGUAAAUGAAGACGAAAUCUCACCACCCGUUUUCGUUAAACCUAUAAGACCACAAAAGGUGAAUUUAGGCGAGAUAGUUUUAUUAGAAGCUGAAGUUAUGUCAAGUCCAACCGCCUCCUUCCAGUGGUUUAUAGAUACAAGAGAAGUAACCACAUAUGCUAAACAAAAUAAAUUAACUAACAUAUAUGUAACAAACAGAGAUAAUGUAUCGUGUUUGUGCAUUGAAAAUAUAAGUAAAGAUUUCUUAGGAGCUAUUACAUGUAGAGCAGAAAAUUUUGCUGGUUCAGUUUCGUGUUCUGCUUCUUUGUUGGAACAACCAGAUAAAGAAUUCAAUGGGGAAGCACCUGUAGUUAUCACACCUUUAGAAUCAAUUAUUGUAAUGGAUGGUGAGCCAAUUAAACUUUCGUGUAAAAUCAGUGGUCAGCCAUGGCCAACGAUAGACUGGUAUCACAAUGAUGAACCUGUUCAAAGAGCUAGAGACAUAACAGUUGCGAGACAAGAAUCAGGCCUAUGUGAAUUAUGCAUUAAAGAAGCUUUCCCAGAAAUGUCUGGGUUAUACCGUUGUAUAGCUACGAAUGACUUUGGAAGUUGUAACAGCGAAUGUACUGUACACAUUGAAGCAUAUGAGUAUGUGCCCAGUGCAUCUGAAGAAGACAUACUAAGCGAUGAGAAAACAAGUGACAUAGAAGAGUUUGCUCCACGUAUAGUAAAAGCAUUGCCUACAGUGGUUAAAACUAUCGAAGGUGAACUAACCAGGCUUGAAGCAAAGGCUAUUGGUAUUCCCAAGCCGCAAAUAAGGUGGCUGAAACAAGGAGUAGAGAUACUCCAGUCUCAGGAAUAUCAAAUAGAGGAAAUGGAAGAUGGUACAUCAAUACUAAUUAUACCAGAAGUUUACCAAGACGACACUGGGGAGAUAGUAUUUGAAGCCUUUAACCCACUGGGUGUUACGUCCACAAUUGCAGCACUUUCCGUAGAAAGUAUAAUUGGGACGAAGGAAUAUAGGAAACCAGAAUGGGUAACACACAUGGAAGAACUACAGGCGGCUUUGAAAGCAACACAAUCGGUGCCUACUUUUGUGAAAGAAAUUCUGGGCGAACGAGUUGAUGAAGAAGAAACCGUUACUUUUGAAGCUGUGUACAGUGGAAACCCUACACCAGAAAUUAUUUGGUACAAAGACGACAAAGUCAUUAGAACAGAUGAACAGCAUAUAAUUGAAAACAUAGAUAACCACACGACUUGCACAGUUAAAAAGUGCGUAAAGGCGUCAGAAGGAACAUACAUGUGUAAAGCAGUAAGUGAUAUUGGUAUGGCUAUAACUAAAGCUAAGUUGCAAGUAUAUGAUAGUACAGACAAGUUAAGAAAAGCAAAACAUCUGAAACAAAAGGAUAAAAAAGAAAAAGUGGUUAAACGAGACGAAAAAGUAGUUGUUGAAGAAGUUUCAGAAGAGGUUCAAGAAGUUCAACCUAUAGAAAAACCAAAAUCGAUUAAGAAAACUGAUAAACAGAAAGCAAAAACUGUUAUUACUGAGGCUGACUAUGUCGAAACUGUGGAUGUCGCAACUUAUAAAAAAGUUGACAAAAAAGAGAAAAUAGAGCCUACUAAAGAGAAAGCCGAACCAAUCGUUACUCCACAGGAAUAUUUAGUAUCAACACAACCUGAAAAAGAUGAAACAGUACAACCAUUUGAAGAAACGUUUGAAACUGAAAAAGUUAUUAUUAGAAUGGUAGAGGGUGACUCACGUGUGGUUGCAGAAAUAAAUGAAUUAUUAGAAGUCAUUAAUGCUAAGGAGUUUGGCCCUGGAGAAUCGCCCUUAAGAGAAUUGGCUAAAAUUGGUUUCAUGAUGAGAAAGGGUCUCACUACAGAACAAAUAGAAAGCUUAUAUGAUUCGCAAUAUUUCCCAGCCUUAAGAGUUCCACAAUCUCAAUCAGCUUUAGUACGUUUAGUAGAAAGACAAGGGCAUGGAGCACUUAUCACUGAGGUACUUACGGAAGAAACUACUCAAGACGAAGAUGUUAUUGCAGCAAAGGUUGGCUUCCGUGCUUUCUUAAAAAUGGUUGAGUUAAAGCAUUCCUCGGUUGAAGAAGUCAUUGCUCAUUUCUAUCCUGAAGAUUUCAAACCACGAUCCUGGGAACAAAAAGAAGCUCAUGAGGUCAUUGUGGAGUCAUCGGCUGAACAGACGGCGGAAGUACAUACGACGACUGUAAUAAAAGAUACCACCGAAAUUCAAGAUGAUGUUGUUCAAGAUAUCAAAGAAAGAGAACAAGUCAAACGCAAAAAACACACUAAACAGAAAAGAAUUAUUGAAGAACACCAGUCAGAAGAAGUAGCAGUAAAGGAACAAAUUAACUUAAAAACGAUGCAUCCAAAAGAAAAACAAGAACAUUAUGAUGAAGAUGAAACAGGUAUUCUUGAAAGUGACGAGAUUCCGUACGUAUCUACAAUUGCUACAGACAUUUCCGAAAAUAAGGUUGAAAUAGUGCCUUCUAGUGAGGUGACACAUAUUCUUUCUGAUAAGACAGUCCCUGACAUAAAAGCAAACUUAAAAUUAGAUACGAAUUAUUCUUUGAUUGCUGAUGUACAGGAAAUACAUGAGAAAGAAACACAGCUACAAAUUAAAGAUAAUGUCAAAUUAAGUAUAAAACCGUCAUUAAACGAAAUCGAACCUUUAGUAGUAACAGAAAUCGAAACAAACGCUUCUGUCGAUGACUAUGAGACAAAUAAAGGUAUUAUUGGAAAUAUUGCAAACAAAAGUGUUGUACCGUCAGAAUCACUUGUCACAACAGAAACACUUGCAAGUAUGACAACGUCAGACAUUAAAAGCGAAGAGAAACUUCCAGAAACUGCAAAAACUACUGUGUUACUCAAAGAUGCAAUCAAUAUUACGGAAGAAAUGGUAUCUUUGAAAGAAACUCCUCUACAUGAGUCACCAACAAAGAAAUCAAAUGCAACAGUUGCAUUUUCGCCGUUGGUAGGUCUAAACGUUCUGGAAAUUACUGAACAAAUAAAAGAAAGUAAUGUGGAAACUAUGAACAUCGAAAAAGCAGCAACAUCUAAACUGAAUUUCAAUUUAUUAGAAUCACUACAAGUUGGUGAAGUAUUUGUUGAAGAUAAAUCAGGAAAAUAUUAUCCUGAAUUGAUAGUUCCCACCGAAAUGGCAAGGAAAGAUGUACUUGUCUCAAAUCAAGUUGUAACAGAAGUUCACGAUGUACAAGAGCGUGAAGGGCUUUUAUCGGCACUUAAAUUGCCACCAGCACAAGAGGCAAACAUAGACAUUGCAUCUAAAGACAGUUUAGUGGUAUCUGUCGAAGAACUACAUGAAAAAGAAGGCGAAUUUCCUGUAAAGGAAAUGCCAGCCCUAGUUUCUGUCAAUAAAGACAUAAUGUUACAUUCUAGCUUACAUAACACAGUUACCACUUCACAUAUCAAAGAAUCAGAAUUUGUCCCUGAUGCGAUGAGUCUUAAGAAAGCCACUAUUGGUGUUAAUGAACUGCAACACAAGUUUAAUUUAGAAACAAAUGUACAUGAUUCUGAGACACUUUUAGAAGAAACACGUCCAAAUCUUGGUUCACAUGCUGAUAUUGGAAUAACAACAUUAGAUAAAAAUAUCGUAAAUGAGGUAAAUGUUCAUGAAAGUGAAAAGGACCUAAUUUUGAAGGAUGAAAAAGUAACAGCUAAAGCAGAUUUAGAUUUCAAAGCUUUUGAACCUUUGAUUACAUCUGAAACAUUAGAAAUGACUUUUACUGAUGACAUAAAAACAUAUGAAAAUCCAACUAAAGAUUCUGCAACUGAGACUUUGAUAACAUCGAGCGCUAAAAUUGUAUCGUAUCCUCUUAUACACGACAAAGAAUCCACAGAAGAAUAUACAUCGAAAAAACCUGAAGCCGUAGUACCGUCCCUUGUGCCCAGUAUACCAAUAACCGUUUCCGAAAUAGAAUCCUCAGAAUGUGAAAAUAAAUUGACUUUAAAUAAGAUUCCAGAUACGGUUAAUGCUCAAGCCGCAUCCAGUCAACCUUUAAAAACUCCAAUUUCUCAAGAAAUAAAUACGGCUGAUCAAAUAAACUUUUUAGCCCAACAACCAGAUUUAACUGAAAUGGCGUCGGAGUCUAGGGAAUUGCAAAAAGAAAUAACCGUUCUUCAAACAAACGUAGAGGACCAAAUUCUACAAUUGCAAGAAAAUAAAGUUACCGAAAGUGAAGCUAAAGCUGUUUAUAUAGAGAAAGAAAGUUUAAAUGUUACAGAAGUAAUUACUAGCUUAUCCGAACAAGGUUUGGAAAAAGGUGAAUCAAAGCCUAAUAUUUUCGCCAAGUUAGAAAUUGAUUCAGAUCGCAAAAUUGCGGUUGUUUCAGAAGUAACCUCCCGUGAUACAGUUUCGGAUCUUGCACCAAUGGUUCCCAAUCAAGAGGAAGCACAUGUAUCUUCUAGUCAUUUAAUUUCUGUACAAAUAUCUCAAAAUGAACCUUUAGAUAGUCAAUCCGUCAUGCAAAGUGACAAAACACCUGAUUUUAAGUCCUUAAAACCUGAAAUAAUUCCAUCAGAGGAAAUUCUUAACAUCACAGAAACAGUACAUCAUGAAAAAGAAAGUGACUACGACAAGGAUUCUAAACCACAAUCAUUUAAAGCAUCAACCGAUAUUGUUGGAAGGCCAGUUGCUGUAUUGUCCGAGGUCACAGUGGAUUCAUCUGUAGGUUUCACUGAUGUAGCUGCUAAAGAAGCCUUGAAAACAGCCAAUGUACAAAACAUUACGUAUAACGAAUUGAUUGUUAAUACAACUGAUUACAAUGAGAAAGAAGAUGAAUUAGAUGCUACCCUCAAGGUAAAUACAUUCUUAGCAUCAUUAAAUAUUGAUUCAAACCAGGCUAUCUUAAUUGAAGAAAAUAGAACAGAAAUAGUACCCGAGGUUUUGGAAGAAAAAAAUAAUGUUUUACACGCUACAGCUAAACAAGAAGCUACUAUAACAGAAGCCAUAUCACAACAAGAAGUUAUGGUUCACUUAUCAGAAGAACAGCUUAUCAAGAAAGAUUCUGAUAAAUUAACAAAACCGAUUAUAUCGUUAACAACCUUACAAGCUCCUCUAUACGAUGAAAAAAUAGCUAUAGAGCAGGAAAAUACUUUAUCUACUAGUAAAACACCUGACAAUCAAUUAGCAGAAUUAUCUAUAAUUUGUCAACAAAGUUUACAAACUUCAGAAGUUGUUUCUCAUUCUGACAAUGUGGAGGAUAAGAACAGCUUGGUAAUGGAUUACAAAAAGGCAUUACCAAAAGUGGACGAUGUGUACACAAAAACAGCCUUUACUGAAGAAGUUAUCACCGGUGAGGUACUUGAAGAGUUCAAUAAUGAGAAAAUAGAAUUACAAAACUCAAAUAUAACUCCUAUAUUCAAAAAUACCGUUGAACAAAUGGAAAUUGUAUUAGGUGAAAGCGAAACGAUGAUAAAUGAACAACCGCUUACAACAACAUCUAUAAGAGGUGACUUUACAGAAACUGAAGCUUUAAUAACCAGCUACAUGGAAACAAUAGACAAAGAAAAAGCUUUAGAUGCUGAAACACCACAACCAAAACGAGAUGCUUUAAUUGGUUUUAUUCCUCAUAGCAGUUCAAUUAACACCGAGGUAAUAGCUUCAAGUACUGUUGAAAAUAUUGAAGAUACCUCCUUCAAAACUUCCAAAGCUUUACUAACGCAAGACGAUCUACAAAAGCACUUAGAGAGAACUGAAAUACUGAUUGCGGAAAAAGAAACUACUUUCACAAAGGCUAAAACAGAUAAGCAUAAAGCCACAGAAAAUAUUAUUGAAGCAACAGCUAAAGAAAUAACUGAAAUUCUGACUAUAGAAAAAGAAAAUCAAUUCAAUCAGUCAUCAGAGCCUUUCAGUACAAGUGCCCAGCUCUCAGUAAAUGAAAAACAAUCUAUUCUAAGUACUGAAGUAAUAGUUAAUCAAGAUACUGAAGACUUUAUUACGCCUAAAACUACAAAAACAUCUGCAGCAGCUACUCAUGGGCUACAAGAAGCGAUUGAAAAAAGUCAACCAUAUGUAUGUGAAUCAGAGGAUAUCUAUGAAAAUGUAAUGCCCACUAUCCGAAAACCAACUGGUAUUAUUGAUGAACAAAAGUCUAUCGAUAUUACAGAAACAAUUGUUAACGAAGCCGAAAUGAAACUUGAUGCCAAGACGCCAACUAAAGGUGAAACAGUUGCUUUAAGUAUUCAAAGUGGAAAUUACGUUAAUGUUACACAAAUUACAUCUUCUGAUAAAGAAGAAGUUUUCCAACCCAACGAGCUACCAGACACUAAAUCAGUAACGGCUAUGCUAGAUGUCCCAAUGCAAACAAGUAUAGGCGUAAAUGAGAUAACUGUAAAUGAAAAAGAAGAGUCGUUAGAAUCACACGGUGAAACUAAAUAUUCUCAUGUCGGUAUAAGCGUAGAACCAACCGAUUGUUUAAAUGUAUCAGAAAAUAUAUUAGUUGAAAAAGAAGACAUUUUAAAACAAACUCAAGUGCCAAAAGCGGUUACUAAUAAUGUAAGUUUAACUACACAUAAGCAUGUAAAUGUAGAAGUACUACAGGUAUCAGAAGUUGAACAAAAUAUAGAUUUGUUUGAUAGUAAAAAAGAAGAAAUCGGGAAUAUUAGUGUAGAAUCAGUCAAACCACUGUUCGUUCAAGAAACAAAAUACGAAGAAAGAACUACAGAAAUUAAUACUGUGGAAAAUCUAAAGGAACAAAUCCCUUCUGUUAAAUUAGAAGAAGGUCAGCAUCUUACGAUUACGGAAGUCGAAAUUACAGAGAAGGAACAACUGAUAGAUAGUAAAGAAAAAACUUCCGUUAAGCAAGUUGAAGAAAGUUUUGUCCCUAAUUUACCAAUCCAAAUUCAAGAAAUCACUGUAAAGGAAUCAGAAGCAAUUUUGCCCAACGAGACUACUCCACAAAAAGAAGUGUCUGGGAUUUCAAUUGAGCCAAAACAACAUAUUACUGUAAUAAGCACCAUAGGGGAAGAGAAAGAGCAUGAUAUGAAGGUUGAAAAUAUUCCGAUUGUAGGUAAACACCAAGUGGAUAUUAAAUCCAUUGACCAUAUUACUACAACGGAAACUGUACCGAUCGAAGAAUACGAAAUUUUAAAAGAUGAAACCACCAAAGAUGAAAAGGCGUUGGCAAAGCAAGCUCCUUUCAGUGAAUUGAUUAACCUUCAGCUACAGCCAAUGGAAACUUUAAAGAAUAUGGAUGUUAAUUUUAAACCCACUGAAGGUGAAAUUCGAUAUGAACUUGAACUGCAUAAAAGUUACACUACUACUGAGAAUUUAAUUCAUGAGGUUUCGGACGAGAUAUCUAGUCGCGAUGACACAUAUAAGAAGGCCGACAAGACGAUUAACGAAAUGAAAUCAGUUCAAAACUUGGAAAUCAUUACAGGAGAAAAACCAGAAUCUUUUGAAACUCCGGGUGAACAUAAAACAGAAAAGGCUGCAGAAAGCCACGUACCAUUACAAGAAAUAUCAAAAAUGCAACCUGAUAUUAUUGAAAAAGUGGGAGAUUUACCUUCCUUUACCAAACCUGAAACAAAUACAGCUUCUUUCGAAGUUGAAACUCACAAGUCUUGUGUUGUAAGUGAAAAUGUAACACAAGAAACGCCGUCCAACUUAGUAGUUACAAGUGAAUCAAUAAAAGAAAUAACAGAACAGCUGUUGGAAAUGAAACCAGUUGAACAAAUAGAAGUAAUAGCAGGUGAAAAUAUUUCUUCUUUAAAGCCAGAAGAUCAGAAAGAAACAAACAUUCUUGGAAAGCAUAUUGAAAUGAUACCUAUAAAUCAAAGUUCCGUAGUCGUCCAUGAAAGAGAAGUUAACACCAACUUUGAACAACUCCUGCCUUUGGAAAAAGCAUCGAUAUCUUUGAGUACCAAAGAAAGUAUAUCAGUUGAUGAGGUAAUACAAGAAGAUUCACCAAACACUUUCAAAUCAGAUCAAAUAAAACCUGUCAAAGCUGAAAAAUCUGUAACCUUAUUAACACACGUACAGUGCACUGAAAACGUUGCAGAAACUCAAGUAAAAGAAUUGGUAACACCAAAAACACAGACUGAAACCACCAAAAUCACACCCACGACUGUAACGCCGCUAAUAAUUACAGACAGCGAAAGUUUUCAACAUGAAACAGAGUUACACAUACCUGUAACCAAAAAACAAAAAAUAAGUAAAAGUUUCACAGUGGCCAAUGAAAUAGAGGUUUCUACUGAAUUCAUUGAUGAGCAAGCAUUACCAUACACCGAAAAGAAGCCCUUGCUUUUGGAGAGUAAAACAACCACCACUGAAGAAGACCGUCAUGACAUUUUGAUUACUGAACAGGAUUCUCAAAUUCAGGAGGUAACACAAUCUUCAGCAAAAUCAUCAGACGUAGAAGAAAGUGAAGAAAUAAUAACAAAGUUUGUCCAAGCUCCAGGUCAGUAUGAACCAAUUCAAAUAAAAACAAAGCGAACAAUUUUGAGAAAAAAGAAGAGAACGAAGCAUAGUGAUUCUGAACAGGGCGACAUAGUAAUUGAAGAAACAUUAGAGGAAGACGAUGCAAAGACACCUAAACUAGAUAUAAGUCAUGACUUAAACAUCGUAGAAUACGAUGGAGAUGAGGUAAAUGAGACUGAAAUAACAGAAAAAAGUACAAUAGAAAUGCCCGACGAAUAUUUGCCUAUACCUAAAAUGCAGGCACAAGUUGAAAUUGAAGAACUACUGGAAGAAAAGUCACCAACGAUCAUCGAACAAUUAGAUGACACUGAAAACGACGAAUCGCCAAAAACAAGACAAAAGUUGCGGAAAAAGCACAUUAAGAAAGUAUUAGACAGCGAUUCACUAACAAUACAAGAAACAGUAGAGCUACCAGAAGAAACAAUUGUCGAAGAAACUACUGCAACUGAUGGUAAGCCCAAGCAAAAGAAAAUCACUAAACGCGUCAUCAAAAAGAAGGUAGGUCCGAAAGUUGAAACAACAGAAAUCACCACAGAACAAACAGAUGACACACAACCCAUUGUAACCGCACACAAAACCGAAGAACUUAUUGAUGAAACCACGACACCUCUUGAAGACGUACACAAACCUGACAAAGCUGAAACAGUUCAAGAGCAACCUGAAACUGUGCAGAUAUCACAAGUGCGCACUGAAACUGGAGACAUUAAAAAAGUCAAAACCACCAAACGCGUCAUCAAAAAACAGAAAGGAGCUAAGAAGGAAGUCACAGAAAUCACGACAAUUGAAAGAGAUGACGAAGCUCCGAUAACGACGGUCACAGUAACCGAGGAAAAGACUCCCGAAGAAACAGAAGAAACGAAGCCCGUCGAAAUCGUUGAACUGCCUGAGGAAACCACCGUCGAGGAAUCCACUGCUCCUGAUGGUAAGCCCAAACAAAAGAAAAUCACUAAACGCGUCAUCAAAAAGAAGGUAGGUCCGAAAGUCGAAACAACAGAAAUCACCACAGAACAAAUAGACGACUCACAACCCAUUGUCACUGUACACAAAACAGAGGAAUUCACUGAUGAAACUAUCACACCUCUUGAAGAUUUACAUAAACCAGACAAAGCCGAACCAGUCGAGGAACAACCAGAGACUGUUCAGGUCACACAAGUGCGCACUGAAACUGGAGACGUCAAAAAGGUUAAGACCACCAAACGCGUCAUCAAAAAACAGAAAGGAACCAAGCAAGAAGUCACCGAAAUCACAACUGUCGAGAAAGAUGACGAAGCUCCGAUAACGACGGUCACAGUAACCGAGGAAAAAACUCCCGAAGAAACAGAAGAAACGAAGCCCGUCGAAAUCGUUGAACUGCCCGAAGAAACCACCGUCGAGGAAUCCACUGCUCCUGAUGGUAAGCCCAAACAAAAGAAAAUCACUAAACGCGUCAUCAAAAAGAAGGUAGGUCCGAAAGUCGAAACAACAGAAAUCACCACAGAACAAACAGAUGACACACAACCCAUUGUAACCGUACACAAAACCGAAGAACUUAUUGACGAAACCACAACACCACUGGAAAGCCUACAAAAACCUGAUAAAGCCGAACAAAUCGAAGAACAACCCGAAACUGUUCAGGUCACACAAGUGCGCACUGAAACCGGAGACGUCAAAAAGGUUAAGACCACCAAACGCGUCAUCAAAAAACAGAAGGGACCGAAACAAGAAGUCACCGAAAUCACAACCAUCGAGAAAGAUGACGAAGCUCCGAUAACGACGGUCACAGUAACCGAGGAAAAGACUCCCGAAGAAACAGAAGAAACGAAACCCGUCGAAAUCGUUGAACUGCCCGAAGAAACCACCGUCGAGGAAUCCACUGCUCCUGAUGGUAAGCCCAAACAAAAGAAAAUCACUAAACGCGUCAUCAAAAAGAAGGUAGGUCCGAAAGUCGAAACAACAGAAAUCACCACAGAACAAACUGAUGACUCACAACCCAUUGUCACUGUACACAAAACAGAGGAAUUCACUGACGAAACCACCACACCUCUUGAAGACUUACAUAAGCCAGACAAAGCCGAACCAGUCGAGGAACAACCCGAGACUGUACAGGUCACACAAGUGCGCACUGAAACUGGAGACGUCAAAAAGGUUAAAACCACUAAACGCGUCAUCAAAAAACAGAAAGGAACCAAGCAAGAAGUCACCGAAAUCACAACCAUCGAGAAAGAUGACGAAACUCCGAUAACGACGGUUACAGUAACCGAGGAAAAGACUCCCGAAGAAACAGAAGAAACGAAGCCCGUCGAAAUCGUUGAACUGCCUGAAGAAACCACCGUCGAGGAAUCCACUGCUCCUGAUGGUAAGCCCAAACAAAAGAAAAUCACUAAACGCGUCAUCAAAAAGAAGGUAGGUCCUAAAGUUGAAACAACAGAAAUCACCACAGAACAAACAGAUGACACACAACCCAUUGUAACCGUACACAAAACCGAAGAACUUAUUGAUGAAACCACGACACCUCUUGAAAGCUUACAAAAACCUGACAAAGCCGAACCAAUCGAAGAACAACCCGAGACUGUUCAGGUUACACAAAUACGAACUGAAACUGGAGACGUCAAAAAGGUUAAAACCACUAAACGCGUCAUCAAAAAACAGAAGGGACCGAAACAAGAAGUCACCGAAAUCACAACCAUCGAGAAAGAUGACGAAGCUCCGAUAACGACGGUCACAGUAACCGAGGAAAAGACUCCCGAAGAAACAGAAGAAACGAAGCCCGUCGAAAUCGUUGAACUGCCUGAAGAAACCACCGUCGAGGAAUCCACUGCUCCUGAUGGUAAGCCCAAACAAAAGAAAAUCACUAAACGCGUCAUCAAAAAGAAGGUAGGUCCGAAAGUCGAAACAACAGAAAUCACCACAGAACAAACAGACGACUCACAACCCAUUGUCACUGUACACAAAAAAGAGGAAUUCACUGACGAAACCACCACACCUCUUGAAGACUUACACAAGCCAGACAAAGCCGAACCAGUCGAGGAACAACCCGAGACUGUUCAGGUUACACAAAUACGAACUGAAACUGGAGACGUCAAAAAGGUUAAGACCACCAAACGCGUCAUCAAAAAACAGAAGGGACCGAAACAAGAAGUCACCGAAAUCACAACCAUCGAGAAAGAUGACGAAGCUCCGAUAACGACGGUCACAGUAACCGAGGAAAAGACUCCCGAAGAAACAGAAGAAACGAAGCCCGUCGAAAUCGUUGAACUGCCUGAAGAAACCACCGUCGAGGAAUCCACUGCUCCUGAUGGUAAGCCCAAACAAAAGAAAAUCACUAAACGCGUCAUCAAAAAGAAGGUAGGUCCGAAAGUCGAAACAACAGAAAUCACCACAGAACAAACUGAUGACUCACAACCCAUUGUCACUGUUCACAAAACAGAGGAAUUCACUGACGAUACCACCACACCUCUUGAAGACUUACACAAACCAGACAAAGCCGAACCAGUCGAGGAACAACCCGAAACUGUUCAGGUCACACAAGUGCGCACUGAAACCGGAGACGUCAAAAAGGUUAAGACCACCAAACGCGUCAUCAAAAAACAGAAGGGACCGAAACAAGAAGUCACCGAAAUCACAACCAUCGAGAAAGAUGACGAAGCUCCGAUAACGACGGUCACAGUAACCGAGGAAAAGACUCCCGAAGAAACAGAAGAAACGAAGCCCGUCGAAAUCGUUGAACUGCCUGAAGAAACCACCGUCGAGGAAUCCACUGCUCCUGAUGGUAAGCCCAAACAAAAGAAAAUCACUAAACGCGUCAUCAAAAAGAAGGUAGGUCCUAAAGUUGAAACAACAGAAAUCACCACAGAACAAACAGAUGACAAACAACCCAUUAUAACCGUACACAAAACCGAAGAACUUAUAGAUGAAACCACGACACCACUUGAAAGCUUACAAAAACCUGACAAAGCCGAACCAAUCGAGGAACAACCCGAGACUGUUCAGGUUACACAAAUACGCACUGAAACCGGAGACGUCAAAAAGGUCAAAACCACCAAACGCGUCAUCAAAAAACAGAAGGGACCGAAACAAGAAGUCACCGAAAUCACAACCAUCGAGAAAGAUGACGAAGCUCCGAUAACGACGGUCACAGUAACCGAGGAAAAGACUCCCGAAGAAACAGAAGAAACGAAGCCCGUCGAAAUCGUUGAACUGCCUGAAGAAACCACCGUCGAGGAAUCCACUGCUCCUGAUGGUAAGCCCAAACAAAAGAAAAUCACUAAACGCGUCAUCAAAAAGAAGGUAGGUCCGAAAGUCGAAACAACAGAAAUCACCACAGAACAAACAGACGACUCACAACCCAUUGUCACUGUACACAAAACAGAGGAAUUCACUGACGAAACCACCACACCUCUUGAAGACUUACACAAACCAGACAAAGCCGAACCAGUCGAGGAACAACCCGAGACUGUUCAGGUUACACAAAUACGCACUGAAACCGGAGACGUCAAAAAGGUCAAAACCACCAAACGCGUCAUCAAAAAACAGAAGGGACCGAAACAAGAAGUCACCGAAAUCACAACCAUCGAGAAAGAUGACGAAGCUCCGAUAACGACGGUCACAGUAACCGAGGAAAAGACUCCCGAAGAAACAGAAGAAACGAAGCCCGUCGAAAUCGUUGAACUGCCUGAAGAAACCACCGUCGAGGAAUCCACUGCUCCUGAUGGUAAGCCCAAACAAAAGAAAAUCACUAAACGCGUCAUCAAAAAGAAGGUAGGUCCGAAAGUCGAAACAACAGAAAUCACCACAGAACAAACAGACGACUCACAACCCAUUGUCACUGUACACAAAACAGAGGAAUUCACUGACGAAACCACCACACCUCUUGAAGACUUACACAAACCAGACAAAGCCGAACCAGUCGAGGAACAACCCGAGACUGUUCAGGUUACACAAAUACGCACUGAAACCGGAGACGUCAAAAAGGUCAAAACCACCAAACGCGUCAUCAAAAAACAGAAGGGACCGAAACAAGAAGUCACCGAAAUCACAACCAUCGAGAAAGAUGACGAAGCUCCGAUAACGACGGUCACAGUAACCGAGGAAAAGACUCCCGAAGAAACAGAAGAAACGAAGCCCGUCGAAAUCGUUGAACUGCCUGAAGAAACCACCGUCGAGGAAUCCACUGCUCCUGAUGGUAAGCCCAAACAAAAGAAAAUCACUAAACGCGUCAUCAAAAAGAAGGUAGGUCCGAAAGUCGAAACAACAGAAAUCACCACAGAACAAACAGACGACUCACAACCCAUUGUCACUGUACACAAAACAGAGGAAUUCACUGACGAAACCACCACACCUCUUGAACACUUACACAAACCAGACAAAGCCGAACCAGUCGAGGAACAACCCGAGACUGUUCAGGUCACACAAGUGCGCACUGAAACUGGAGACGUCAAAAAGGUCAAAACCACCAAACGCGUCAUCAAAAAACAGAAGGGACCGAAACAAGAAGUCACCGAAAUCACAACCAUCGAGAAAGAUGACGAAGCUCCGAUAACGACGGUCACAGUAACCGAGGAAAAGACUCCCGAAGAAACAGAAGAAACGAAGCCCGUCGAAAUCGUUGAACUGCCUGAAGAAACCACCGUCGAGGAAUCCACUGCUCCUGAUGGUAAGCCCAAACAAAAGAAAAUCACUAAACGCGUCAUCAAAAAGAAGGUAGGUCCGAAAGUCGAAACAACAGAAAUCACCACAGAACAAACAGACGACUCACAACCCAUUGUCACUGUACACAAAACAGAGGAAUUCACUGACGAAACCACCACACCUCUUGAACACUUACACAAACCAGACAAAGCCGAACCAGUCGAGGAACAACCCGAGACUGUUCAGGUCACACAAAUACGCACUGAAACCGGAGACGUCAAAAAGGUUAAGACCACCAAACGCGUCAUCAAAAAACAGAAGGGACCGAAACAAGAAGUCACCGAAAUCACAACCAUCGAGAAAGAUGACGAAGCUCCGAUAACGACGGUCACAGUAACCGAGGAAAAGACUCCCGAAGAAACAGAAGAAACGAAGCCCGUCGAAAUCGUUGAACUGCCCGAAGAAACCACCGUCGAGGAAUCCACUGCUCCUGAUGGUAAGCCCAAACAAAAGAAAAUCACUAAACGCGUCAUCAAAAAGAAGGUAGGUCCGAAAGUCGAAACAACAGAAAUCACCACAGAACAAACAGACGACUCACAACCCAUUGUCACUGUACACAAAACAGAGGAAUUCACUGACGAAACCACCACACCUCUUGAACACUUACACAAACCAGACAAAGCCGAACCAGUCGAGGAACAACCCGAGACUGUUCAGGUCACACAAGUGCGCACUGAAACUGGAGACGUCAAAAAGGUCAAAACCACCAAACGCGUCAUCAAAAAACAGAAGGGACCGAAACAAGAAGUCACCGAAAUCACAACCAUCGAGAAAGAUGACGAAGCUCCUAUCACGACUGUUACGGUCACUGAGGAAGAAACUCCUGAAGAAAAAGAAGACAAGCCCGUUACUGUCACCGAAUUACCCGAGGAGACCUUCGUCGAGGAGACAACGACGCCAGACGGUAAGAAAGUACAAAAGAAAGUAACCAAACGUGUUAUCAAAAAGAAGGUAGGUCCGAAAGUAGAAACCACACACAUCACCACAGAACACACUGACGACACACAACCCAUUGUCACUGUACACAAAACAGAGGAAUUCACUGACGAAACCACCACACCUCUUGAACACUUACACACACCUGACAAAGCCGAACCAGUCGAGGAACAACCCGAGACUGUUCAGGUUACACAAAUACGCACUGAAACCGGAGACGUCAAAAAGGUCAAAACCACCAAACGCGUCAUCAAAAAACAGAAGGGACCGAAACAAGAAGUCACCGAAAUCACAACCAUCGAGAAAGAUGACGAAGCUCCUAUCACGACUGUUACGGUCACUGAGGAAGAAGCUCCUGAAGAAAAAGAAGACAAGCCCGUUAACGUCAUCGAGUUACCCGAGGAGACCUCCGUCGAAGAGUCCACGACGCCGGACGGUAAGAAAGUACAAAAGAAAGUAACCAAACGUGUUAUCAAAAAGAAGGUAGGUCCGAAAGUAGAAACCACACACAUCACCACAGAACACACUGACGACACACAACCCAUUAUCACAGUACACACCACACACGAAUACAUUGACGAAACCACCACACCUCUUGAACACUUACACACACCUGACAAAGCCGAACCAGUCGAGGAACAACCCGAGACUGUUCAGGUUACACAAAUACGCACUGAAACCGGAGACGUCAAAAAGGUCAAAACCACCAAACGCGUCAUCAAAAAACAGAAGGGACCGAAACAAGAAGUCACCGAAAUCACAACCAUCGAGAAAGAUGACGAAGCUCCGAUAACGACGGUCACAGUAACCGAGGAAAAGACUCCCGAAGAAACAGAAGAAACGAAGCCCGUCGAAAUCGUUGAACUGCCCGAAGAAACCACCGUCGAGGAAUCCACUGCUCCUGAUGGUAAGCCCAAACAAAAGAAAAUCACUAAACGCGUCAUCAAAAAGAAGGUAGGUCCGAAAGUCGAAACAACAGAAAUCACCACAGAACAAACUGAUGACUCACAACCCAUUGUCACUGUACACAAAACAGAGGAAUUCACUGACGAAACCACCACACCUCUUGAAGACUUACACAAACCAGACAAAGCCGAACCAGUCGAGGAACAACCCGAGACUGUUCAGGUUACACAAAUACGCACUGAAAACGGAGACGUCAAAAAGGUUAAAACUACCAAACGCGUUAUCAAAAAACAAAAGGGACCGAAACAAGAAGUUACCGAAAUCACAACCAUCGAGAAAGAUGACGAAGCUCCGAUAACGACGGUCACAGUAACCGAGGAACAGACUCCCGAAGAAACAGAAAAAACGAAACCCGUCGAAAUCGUUGAAUUUCCCGAAGAAACCACCGUCGAGGAAUCCACUGCUCCUGAUGGUAAGCCCAAACAAAAGAAAAUCACUAAACGCGUCAUCAAAAAGAAGGUAGGUCCGAAAGUCGAAACAACAGAAAUCACCACAGAACAAACAGACGACUCACAACCCAUUGUCACUGUACACAAAACAGAGGAAUUCACUGAUGAAACCACCACACCUCUUGAAGACUUACACAAACCAGACAAAGCCGAACCAGUCGAGGAACAACCCGAGACUGUUCAGGUAACGCAAAUACGCACUGAAACCGGAGACGUCAAAAAGGUCAAAACCACCAAACGCGUUAUUAAAAAACCCAAGGGGCCGAAACAAGAAGUCACCGAAAUCACAACCAUCGAGAAAGAUGACGAAGCUCCUAUCACGACUGUUACGGUCACUGAGGAAGAAACUCCUGAAGAAAAAGAAGACAAGCCCGUUACUGUCACCGAAUUACCCGAGGAGACCUUCGUCGAGGAGACAACGACGCCAGACGGUAAGAAAGUACAAAAGAAAGUAACCAAACGUGUUAUCAAAAAGAAGGUAGGUCCGAAAGUAGAAACCACGCACAUCACCACAGAACACACUGACGACACACAACCAAUAAUCACAGUACACACCACACACGAAUACACUGACGAAACCACCACACCUCUUGAACACUUACACACACCUGACAAAGCUGAAUUAGUCGAGGAACAACCCGAGACUGUUCAGGUUACACAAAUACGCACUGAAACUGGAGACGUCAAAAAGGUCAAAACCACUAAACGCGUUAUUAAAAAACCCAAGGGGCCGAAACAAGAAGUCACCGAAAUCACAACCAUCGAGAAAGAUGACGAAGCUCCUAUCACGACUGUUACGGUCACUGAGGAAGAAACUCCUGAAGAAAAAGAAGACAAGCCCGUUACUGUCACCGAAUUACCCGAGGAGACCUUCGUCGAGGAGACAACGACGCCAGACGGUAAGAAAGUACAAAAGAAAGUAACCAAACGUGUUAUCAAAAAGAAGGUAGGUCCGAAAGUAGAAACCACACACAUCACCACAGAACACACUGACGACACACAACCAAUAAUCACAGUACACACCACACACGAAUACACUGACGAAACCACCACACCUCUUGAACACUUACACACACCUGACAAAGCUGAAUUAGUCGAGGAACAACCCGAGACUGUUCAGGUUACACAAAUACGCACUGAAACUGGAGACGUCAAAAAGGUUAAAACCACCAAACGCGUCAUCAAAAAACAGAAGGGACCGAAACAAGAAGUCACCGAAAUCACCACCAUCGAGAAAGAUGACGAAGCUCCGAUAACGACGGUCACAGUAACCGAGGAAAAGACUCCCGAAGAAACAGAAGAAACGAAUCCCGUCGAAAUCGUUGAACUGCCUGAGGAAACCACCGUCGAGGAAUCCAUUGCUCCUGAUGGUAAGCCCAAACAAAAGAAAACCACUAAACGCGUCAUCAAAAAGAAGGUAGGUCCGAAACUCGAAACAACAGAAAUCACCACAGAACAAACUGAUGACUCACAACCAAUUGUCACUGUACACAAAAUAGAGGAAUUCACUGACGAAACCACCACACCUCUUAAAGACUUACACAAACAAGAGAAAGCCGAACCAAUCGUGGAACAACCCGAGACUGUUCAGGUUACACAAAUACGCACUGAAACCGGAGACGUCAAAAAGGUCAAAACCACUAAACGCGUUAUUAAAAAACCCAAGGGGCCGAAACAAGAAGUCACCGAAAUCACAACCAUCGAGAAAGAUGACGAAGCUCCUAUCACGACUGUUUCGGUCACUGAGGAAGAAGCUCCUGAAGAAAAAGGAGACAAGCCCGUUAACGUCAUCGAAUUACCUGAGGAGACCUCCGUCGAAGUGUCCACGACGCCGGACGAAUUUACCGAUGAACGGGAUGGUGAACAGAUAGAAAAACCACAUCCUGCAGCUGUUGAACCUGUUAAACGUAAAAAAGUAAAACCAACACCUUUACAAAUUGAAGAAAUUAUUAUAGACGAAGCACAACAUGCAACAGAAUUAGACGGUCCUCAGUUUACUAAACUUAAACUGAAAAAACCUACACAAAAACCUAAACAGGAAGUAAAGACAACAACUUUACCGAAAAUUCAACUUAAAAGUCGCAUUAGGUAUAAUUCAGAUUGGCCCCCUUCGGAAUUAAAACCUGUUAUAACAUUUUUGGGAAGCGUAAGACAAAAUGGCCAACUUUCGAGAAAUAUUAAGGAAGCGGCUAAAUUGAAAAAGAAACCUCUUAAAGUGACAAAUAUACCUGACUUGGACAAAGUUGAAUUGGAAAAACCAGAUGAAUUUGAUUUCACUUCGGAAAAACCAAUAGAGGUGAAAAAAGAGGAAACCAACGAUUUGAAAGAAAUAAAUACUAGUGACACUGUACCAGAUGUUGAUGUUGAUAAACCUGUUCAAACUGAUAAAAUUAUUGAAAAUGUUCAAAAUAAAAAAGAUAAGUCACCAAAACCUAAAGAAAUUGUAAUGCAGAACGAUAUUAUCACAGAAGAAAAACCAGAGGAACCAGAAACUAGCCUACUAGAAAAAGUUGAUAACCAAGAAAUUGACGAAGAUAAAUCUGUUCCGAUUGAAACACCUAAAGAAAUAGAUAAUAUACCUGACAUUGAACAAGAAUAUACUGAACCACAAGAGUUAAAGCAAAGUAAAGAAAAACCAAAAAAGAAAAAAUUAAAAUCAAGAGAUUUAGAUGAGCCAAUAUCAAAACAAAUAGAUGAAAAACCAGUCUUAAAACAAUCAGAUGAAAUACCACCCUUAAAACCACCAGUUGAAACAGCAUCCACAGAACAACCAGAUGAAAAACCACUCACUAAACAACCAGAUGAUGAGCCACUCACUAAACAACCAGAUGAUGAGCCACUCACUAAACAACCAGAUGAAAUAUCAGUUGCACAUGUGCCUGAAAAACAGACACAAAAGAAAACUAAAACUAAACCCAAGGAGAAAACUAGAAAACCUUCGUUACCAGAUAAGGAUUCGGAAGUUAAACCUGUUGAACCAGAAGAAAUACCAGAAGUUUACGAGCAACAAGAAAACGAGAAAGAACCUGAACCCGUUAUUACACCUGAGGAUGACACUACAGCUUCAUUAACUAAAAAUAAAAUUAAACCAAAGAAAAUAAAACAGAAAGAUAGUAUACCCAAGCCUACAGAAUCAGAAAAUAUUCCAGAAAAUGAAGAAAAGCAAGAGAAAAAACCGACUAAAGUCAAACUUACUCCCAUUAAAAUAGAAAGGAAAGAAGUAGAGAUUAGUAAACCACAACAUGCAGAAAAUGUAGAAGGUCCCCAAUUUACUAAGUUGAAAUUAAAGAAACCAACAGCAAAACCAAAACAGGAAGCGCCUUUGGUGACCUUACCAAAAUUCCAGUUAAAAAGCAGAAUAAAAUAUGUUAAAGAUUGGCCACCAAGUUUAAUAAUGCCCACUGUUACGUUUUUAGGCAGCAUUCGUCAAAAUGGAAUACUAUCCAGAAAUGUUAAAGAAGCAGAAAAAAUAAAGAAGAAAGUAUAUAAACAGCCAAAAUUACCUGAAAUUGAAAAAACGGAGCUGGAAAAGCCAAUGUUUGGUUAUGAAGAUAUAGUAGAAGCCAAAAACCAAGGAGUAGAAAAAGAUGAACCAUUACAACUUGAAGAACCAGAGGAAGAUGAACCUCAACAAUUUACGAUUAAACCAAAACGUCCAAGUAUUAAAAAAACUGAAGAAAUCGAAGAUGAAGUAACAAUCAAAAAGAAACUGAAAUCGAUAAGAAAACCUUCAGUUACAUUACCUGAAGUCACGGAACCCGAAACAGUUACUUUCAGGCCUAAAACCACGAAGACCAAAGAAGACGUUGAACAAGAAUUUAACAUACAAUUAGAUUCCUAUGCCGAAGAAGAAAUAUCUAUGUCAAGUAAAGUAAAACUUAAACCACAGAGACGACCUACUUUCAAUGAAGAAGCCAAUGAAACUUCUAUCAAAUUUUACGAAGAAAAUGACGAACCAGCCGAUGUUAUAGAAAUAAUAGAGAGCGACGAGGAAAAAUAUGAAGAAACAUCUAAUGUCGUUAUGCCUUUCAAAAAGAUUAAAGAAGCGGAAGAUACGUCAUUGGAAGAAAUAUCUUCUUCUGUCACGAUACCAAAGCCGAAGAAAGAAGAUAAAGAAUCCGAUGUUUCCCAGGAUGUGAACAUUAAAUUGGAUAGAAAGCCAAAAUACGUAGUAGAUGAACAAGAAGAGGUAACCUUUGAUGUAAAACCACAAUCGGAACAAUAUACUCAAGAAGAAUUGUCACUUUCAAGUAAAAUCAAACUGAAACCUAAGAAGAAAAUAACUAUAUCAGAAGCUGCCGACGAAACUCUAAUUCAACUUAAACAAGAAAUUGAGGAUGACAGUCAAGCAGAAGAAGUAAUACUAAGCGAUACUGAAGCCGAUGAAAAUGUACAAAUGAUUAUUAAACGAAAACCUAAAAAACCGGCAUACGAAGUUAGCGAAGUCGAAGAAUUAAGCGUUGAGUUAAAACCUAAAAGAAUCAAUGAGGAUGCUUAUGAAGAAGAACAAAUUACGAUUUCAGCUAAAAGAAAGCCCAGAAAGCCCUCAAAAUUAGAAGAAGCCGAAGUAUCGAUGAGCAUUUCUAGAGAACAAGAAUUUCCUGAAACUCCUGUUGACGUUCGUAGUGGUGAUACCGUUUUUGCUGUCUAUUCAUAUGUUGCGGAAACAGACGAAGCCAUUAAUUUGGUUGAAGGCGAACGAUUGUAUAUAUUAGAAACUACCAACCAGGAUUGGUGGUUUGUACGCAAACAUCUGACGGAAGAAAAGGGUUGGGUGCCCGCACAGUAUUUAAUGGAUGAGGCCAAUUAUACUCUUUAUCUACAAAAGAAAUUAAAUGAAAAAAUAGAUAAACUUCCAGUAUUUGAAAAACCAACACCAGAAGAGCAAGCAAUUGCACCAAUAUUCAUUGAAAAAUUACGUCCUAAGCAUACGCCUGAUGGAUCAACAGUACAGUUUGAAUGUCAAGUUGAAGGCUAUCCUAGGCCACAAAUAACAUGGUUCAGACAAACGGCUAUUAUUAAACCAUCACAAGAUUUCCAAAUGUAUUAUGAUGAUGACAACGUAGCUACUUUAGUCAUCAGAGAGGUAUUCCCUGAAGAUGCUGGCACAUUUACUUGUGUAGCUAAGAACGCUGCAGGUUUUGCAUCAAGCACCACAGAAUUGAUAGUUGAAGCUCCACUGUCCGAUCACGGUUCUGAAAUGACCGUUUUAUCCAGAAAGAGCCUUUCUAGGGAGUCUUCUUUGGCAGAUAUUCUUGAGGGUAUUCCACCAACAUUUUCAAAGAGACCAAAAGCUCAGUAUGUUGAUGAAGGAUCUCAAAUAUUUUUGGAAUGUAGAUUGGUAGCAAUUCCAGAACCAGAUAUUGCUUGGUUAUUCAAAGGUGAAGAGAUAAUUCCUAAUGAAAAUAUCUCUAUAGCUACCGAAUCCGAUAUGCAUAUGUACUGCAGUGUUUUGAAAAUUUCUGAUGUUAAGAAAUUCCAAGAGGGUACAUACACAGUAGUAGCAGUAAAUCGAGAAGGUGAAGCUAGUUUACCUAUUGUAUUAAAAAUUAAAACUGGAGAAAAGGAAAAACCACAAGUCAUCGAACCACUAAAAAAUAUGACAAUACGAGAAGGAGAAAGCGUAGUUCUAUCAACACAAGUUGUCGGAAAUCCUCAGCCAUCAGUAACCUGGUACAAAAAUAAUAAGCCUGUGAAAUCACUUACGACAAAGUCUGAUGGAGAUACUCAUACUAUUACUAUAAUCAAACCCAAAAAAGGAAAAGACGACGGAGUUUACACAUUGAAAGCAGCGAAUUCGGAAGGGUCUACAGAAACAAGUGCAGUAAUAACAAUAGAAGAACCUACCGAAGAAAAUGCUGAACCACCUCUAUUUAUAAAUAGAUUCCAAGAAAUUACGGUAAAAGAAAAUGGAAUCAUAAAAUUGGUUGCAAAAGUCACAGGAAAUCCUGUACCGUCUAUUACUUGGUAUAGAAACAACCAUAUAAUCACACCAUCUGAAACAGUCACACAGAACUUCGAUGGUGAAAAUAUUGAAUUAAUAAUAACAAAUGUAGAUUCUGAGGUUGACUCUGGUGAUUACAAAUGUGUUGCAUCAAACAGCGCAGGCAAAGCUUCUCAUGGAGCACGAGUUACAAUAGACGUUGAAAAAGUAAGGUUCGUUAAGAAUCUGAAAAAGACUUAUGAAACAGAAGAAGGAAAGACUGUGAUCCUUGAAUGUCAUACAUCUCAUACAGUUUCAACAAAAUGGUAUCACAACGAUAAAGAAGUGAGUGGAAUGGACCAUAGAGAGAUAAUUCAGGAGGGCAGAGUUCAUAAACUUAGAAUUAAAAAGACUAAACUAACAGACAUUGGUAUAAUUAAAUGUGUCGUGAAAGAUCAAGAGACUAAAACACAGUUAACUGUCCAUGAAACGAUCCCUGAAUUUAUUAGACGCUUGCAAGAUUUCGAAGUUAAAGAAAGAGACAUUGCAAUUUUGGAAGUUGAAAUUAAUUCAGAAACAGCUGAUGUAGUCUGGGAAAAGGAUGGUGAAAAAAUUAAGGCUAAGAAAAAUAAAUAUGAACUUGAAAAACGAGGAAACGUUCGCAAGUUAUUUAUAAGAAAUACUUCAGUUCAUGAUGAAGGUGAAUAUACAUGUAAACUACGAGACGAUUCCUGUACAGCAGAAGUAACUGUUGUAGAAUUGCCUCCUGAAAUUAUAUCUCGCUUACAAGAUCAGAAAGUAAAUAAAGGAAAUAAAGCAACAUUUGACAUUGAACUCACAAAAGGAGAUGCUUUAGUACAAUGGUUCAAAGAUGGCUCAGAAAUUCAAUUUUCAAAUCAUAUUCAACUGACAAUCGAUGGGAAAAAACAGAAACUUAAAAUCUAUGACUGUGAAAUGUCAGAUGCUGGAGUUUACACUUGUGAAGUUGGAAAUGAUAAAUGUGCAGCUAGGCUGACAGUGGAACAACCUUCCAUUGAUUUUGUUCUGAGAUUACCAGAAGUAACUGUGGUUCCUGCUAACACAGAUGCGUAUUUGACAGUUGAAAUACCAGAUGAAACUAUGGAUGUCACAUGGUACAAGAAGAAGGAGAUAAUUGAAGAUACCGAAAAAUUCACAUUGAUAUCUGACGUUACCAAACGUACUUUGAUCAUCAGAAAAUGUACAGAAGAAGACCAGUGUGACUAUUCCUGUGUUUUGUUUGAUGCGAAAUGCUCGACAAAAUUAAAAGUAGAAGUUGUAGAAUUUCCACCAAAGGUACUUGGAUACGAGAGAGAAUACAGGAUAAAACGAGGUGGAGAUGUUACUAUCCACGUCGAGUAUGAAGGUGUUCCUCAACCUAACGAUGAGUGGGUGGUGAAUUCCAAAAUAAUUAAGAAAACUAAGCAUACCAAACCCUCAAUCGACGCAAAGGCAGCAAGUCUCACAAUUAAAAAGGUUGAAAACACUGAUGCUGGAAUUUACAGACUGCGUCUUGAAAACAAUUGCGGAGAAACAAAUGUAGAAAUCAACGUAGUCGUCAUAGACACAACUGCGCCACCUGGAAAACCUACGGUUCUAGAAACAACAAAUAAUUCAAUUAAUUUGUGCUGGGAUGAACCAGAAGACAAAGGAAAUUCAGAAAUUGAUUAUUAUAUACUUCAAUAUCAAGAAAUUAAUACAACAGAAUGGGUGUCCAUUGAGAAUAUCAAAAAGACCCAGACCACCGUUAGUGAACUGAAGACCAAGUCCUCAUACAGAUUCAGAGUGUACGCAGUUAAUGAAGUAGGAAUAAGUGAAGCUUCUGAAACAACAGAAUAUAUUCUUGUCCAAGAAAUACUGAAGGGUCAAGCACCAACUGUUGAAAAACCGCUUAAAGAUAUCAUUAGCGAACCAAAUGAAGAUAUAGAACUCACGUGUAUAUUCGGAGGUGUGCCAGAACCAAAAGUAACAUGGCUUAAAGGGAACAAGAAAUUAAAAACCGCUAAAGCAACUUACGUUAAUAGAGUGGCUACCUUGGUAAUUACGGCAACGGAGACUACUGAAGGAACAUAUAGUUGCAUUGCCAAUAAUGAGCACGGUGAAACAGAAACAUCGUGCAACGUUGAAGUACAACAGAAGCCUACAAUCACAGUAUCAGACGAAAAUAUUGAACAAAAAUAUAGAGUUGGAGAAACCUGGUCUGUGGAAGCCUUUAUCAAGGGUAUACCCAAACCUACAAUUAAUUGGUACUGCAACGGCUCCAAGGUAGUAGAAUCAGAAGACAUUGAAAUAACAACUGAAGAUAAUGUUAGCAUCAUCAAAAUAUCUUCCCUGGUUCGUUCCCACUCAGGAAAAUACACAAUUGAAGCUUCAAAUAAAGCUGGCACUACUUCCUUGGAUGUCACGCUCAAAGUGUAUGAUAAACCUAGCAAACCUGAAGGUCCGGUUGUAAUGCGAGAAAUUAGUAGAGAAUCGGUAACAAUUGAAUGGAAACCACCUCGUGAUGAUGGUGGUUUAGAAUUGACAAAAUAUGCAAUUGAAAAACACGAGCCUGACACUAACAAGUGGGUCAAAGUAGCAGAUGUAGACAAAGAUGUAGAGACCUACUGUAUACAAAGACUCAAUGAAAAUUGUGAAUAUAUGUUCCGCGUCAUGGCUCAAAAUCCCAUUGGGUUCUCGGAAGCUUUAGAAAGUGAACCCAUUGUCAUUAAGACAGCUCUCGAUGUUCCCUCUCCACCACUGGGGCCGCUGGGCUUGUACGGUAUAAACAACGACUCUCUAACUAUAACAUGGUAUCCAUCCGAGAAGAAUGGAGGAUCGCCAAUCAUCGAUUAUAGUGUUGAAAUUAAACAAGAAGGAAAGAAAUGGAAACAUGUGGCUACAGUCACCAAGACUACCGCUAAAAUAGAGAAAUUAACAAUAAACACUACCUACCAAUUUAGGAUAACCGCAAGAAAUGAAAUCGGAAUAAGUCUGCCUUACAUAUCAGACGAGAAAAUUACGAUCGGAAAGAGUUUGUCACCCCCAUCGCAGCCAUUAAACUUUGCUGUAAAGGAAACAACGUCAAGAUCAGUGACUUUGCAGUGGGCCGCACCUGAGAGCGACGGAGGAAGUGUUGUGACAAAUUACAUCAUCGAAUACAAGACUACUAAAGCCAAAUCUUGGACCAAAGUUAUAACGGUCGGUGGAACAGUUUACGAACACUGCAUAGAAAAUAUUAAAGAAAAGGAGGAACUCGUCUUCAGAAUAUCCGCUGAGAAUGCCAUAGGAGUCAGUUUACCAGCGGAGUCUCAAGGAGUGAGACUAGAAAAGCAUGCAACUGUACCAUCACCACCAACUGCACCACUUGAGAUACGAACAGUUGGUAGCAACAUCGUCAUGACAUCGUGGGGUACACCCGAAUGGGAUGGUGGGGCACCACUGCUGGGCUAUAAUAUUGCUAUCCGUGACGUCACUAAAACAAUGUGGAUGGAAGUAGGAAAAGUUGACGCACAAACACUUAAAUUCAAUAUCAAAGAUUUAAGUGACAAUCACACUUACAUGAUAAGAAUUUAUGCUCGCAACGAAAUCGGAAUGAGUGAGCCGUUAGAGUCAGAAGAACCUUACAAGGUUAUUCCUGGAGAAGACUCCCAUGCUGACGAGGAAAUUGGCGAGCAGACCGAAAUGACGGAACCAACAUCGUUCAGCACGCAGACCACUACUUCCUGGAUGCGCGAACACAAUAUGGACGCGGACAUCCGAUCUUACGCGCGAGGCUCACUACUGAGGCGCGAUGAGUACUUCUUCAGGAUAUGGCACUACGCUAAACAACUAUUCAAGUGAUGCGACAACACGUCCGCGCAUUCAUUUACCUGUGAUAUUUAACGACAAACAUUUAAAGUUCAUAGUUGGCGGAUAGUAAUGUAUGUUUAGAUACAAUUACUUCCACUAGACAGUAAUCCACACGCGAACUCUGUCAUUUUUUUAAUUUUAUACUAUUAUGUUUUUUGUAUCAGCAUGUAAUAUUUUAUUAUUAUUUAUUUUAGAUAAGGAUGAACUAUUUAUUUAUUUAAAUUAUUAUUAUUAUAAAACAUGUCUGUUGACAACAUUUAAGUCUCAUUCAAUAGUUUUUAUGGGAGACGUUUUAAAUAUAGGUGCAAAAUAUUUAUUCGAUAAAUUGAAUGAGGCUUAAAUUCAUCACCAGACAUUUUAAAAGAUUUAAUAAAUCAAAAUUAUAAAAAUAA